AUGAGGCUUUCCUUCUGGAGAUCCUCUACCAACGCCAUUCAGGAAAAAGAGAAGCCGGCUGCGCCAAACGAUGCCAUCGCUACCACUACGCCGUUGCCCGAGGAUGUUGCGCUCCCAAACAGUAUUGGGCUAGAUCCAUCUGACCUUAGAAGGGAGAAGGGUGACUCUGAUGACGUGGCUGCGAGGACAUGGUCUACUACGAAAUGGUUCUGGGGCAACUACGUGGCUCUGGACAUUCCUCUAUCUGCGAAUCGCGAUCAUCUUUCCAACGAACAAACCUUUCUUGCCUGGCUUUCACUUGCCGACGGUAUGGCAAUUCUCGGUGUUGUCAUUGCACAAAUGUCCAGGAUUCAACAUUAUCUUCACCCCAAUCAAGAGAACUCCCUCCGGUAUUUUGUGUUGGGCAAACCACAGGCAUGUCUCUGUCAAGGAUUUGCAUGUCUGUUCCUUCUUGUCGGCGCCUAUCGAUUUCUCCGCCAGCAAAAUGCAAUGAACCACGGAUUCGCUAUCGUGGGUGGAUGGGAAGUCCCCUUGGUCGGAGUCCUUGUCGGAUUGUGUUUGGCUACCUUCUUCCUCCUCCUGGUACUCAUUUAUCUCAUUGGGGUCGGUGGGUGA